CCCGCGGCCAGGCUGGGACUUAGCGCCGGGUUGAGGCGGGGAAGCGGGUGUGGGCCGGCUGCUCCUGGUCGUGAGCGCCAGAAGAGGAGUCAUGUCAGAAGAAACAGUGAGAGAAUCACAGUUUUCCUUGAAGACAGCGGCGCUGAGAGUGUUUGAUCUUCCUCUGUCUUGGUACUAUUCUCUCUCCCAGAUCAGAUUUUCAUCAGUAGCUAAAAAAUUGUUUGUGGUAACUGCAGUGAGUACUGUAUCUAUAAUUUUUCUGGCCCAUCACUUUAAAAGACGACGUGGAAAGAAGAAAGGAAAAAUAUUGCCGUGGGAACCAGAGCACCUCAUACUUGAAUACACUAAAAGAGCAGUAUCAGACAAAGGUUCAAGUUGUUCCAGUAGUAGACAGAAUUUGACAUUAUCUUUAAGUUCUACCAAAGACAAAGGAUCUCAGUCUUGUAACUAUGUUAAUGGAGGACUUUUCAGUAAAUACUCGGGUUCUGCACAGAGUUUGGCUUCUGUCCAGAGUGUCAAUUCUUGUCAUAGCUGUGCUUGUGGCAAUUCUAACCCCUGGGACAAAGCAGAUGAAGAUGACAUUAAACUUGUUAAUAUUCCUGUGACCACUCCUGAGAACUUAUACUUAAUGGGUAUGGAAUUGUUUGAAGAGGCAUUGCGUCGAUGGGAACAAGCUCUAACCUUUCGCAAUAGGCAGGCUGAAGAUGAGGCCUGCAGUUCCAUUAAACUGGGUGCAGGAGAUGCCAUUGCUGAAGAAAGUGUAGAUGAUAUUAUUAGUACUGAAUUUAUCCAUAAACUUGAAGCUUUGCUGCAAAGAGCAUAUCGUCUACAAGAGGAGUUUGAAGCUACCCUUGGGGCAUCUGAUCUUAACUCCCUUCCUAAUGAUAUUGAUAAAGAUACAGAUAUCACCAUGAAGGGGAAUGUGGAUGACUUUGGCCUGCGAGAUACCUUGAGUGUCGCAUCAACUGAUUCGUUUGCUUCAGCAGCAGAGCUUGCAGAACACAGAGAAGUACGGCAUGCCUACAGCCUGGAGUCUCUUUGCCACUGUCCUUUUUAUGAAGAAGCCAUGCAUUUAGUUGAAGAAGGAAAAAUUUACUCAAGAGUACUAAGAACUGAAAUGUUGGAGUGCCUAGGAGACAGUGAUUUUCUUGCCAAACUUCACUGUGUUCGACAGGCUUUUCAGGUAAUUCUUUCAGAAACAGCCAACAGGAUAUUCCUUGCUGAGAGUGGAAGGAAAAUUUUAUCGGCUUUAAUUCUGAAAGCACGAAAGAAUCCAAAGAAGUUUGAAGAUGUUUUUGAUGAAAUGAUCUAUUUUUUAGAGCAGACUGAUCACUGGGAUAGUACUGAAAUGGAACUUGCUGCUAGAGGGGUUAAAAAUCUAAAUUUUUAUGAUGUUGUUCUGGAUUUUAUAUUGAUGGAUUCCUUUGAAGAUUUAGAAAAUCCACCCACAUCCAUACAGAAUGUAGUAAAUAAUCGCUGGCUCAACUCUUCCUUCAAAGAAACCGCUGUGGCUUCAAGUUGUUGGUCAGUUCUGAAACAGAAAAGGCAACAGAUGAAGAUCCCAGAUGGAUUUUUUGCCCAUUUUUAUGCUAUUUGUGAGCACAUCAGCCCAGUUCUAGCCUGGGGCUUUUUGGGUCCUAGAAAUUCUCUCUAUGAUUUAUGUUGCUUUUUUAAGAAUCAAGUUCUUUUCUUUCUCAAAGACAUUUUUGACUUUGAGAAGGUGCGCUAUUCAAGUAUAGAAACUUUGGCUGAAGACCUCAUGCAAAUACUCAUUCGCCGCACUGAACUUUUAAUGGCUUAUCUUGGAGCAGAUGCCCUGAGGCAUACAAGUAGUUGUAUGAGUGGUCAUGAUCAUGUUAUGUCCAGUGGUUUACUAGAAGCCAAAGUACAGUAAGUACCGUAAGAGUCAUAUAGUUUGUAUGGCUGGCCAGUUAGCUCAGUUGGUUAGAGCAUGGUGUUAUAACACCAAGGUCAAGGGUUUGGAUCCCCAUAUUGGCCAGCCACCAAAAAAAAAGAGAAUUGUACAAUUUGAGUGUGCUAUGAAAUAUUUUAAGGUAAGUAUUGAUUUUGUAACAAAUAUUACAAAGUCAACAUAAUUGGUAGAUAUGGACUCAGGGAGGAAAAAAAUCUAAUAAAGAUGAGUGACUGUAUUGUACUUACACAGACGUUCUGUCAUAGUGUAUUUGAAGCAGCUUUUUACAAUAUUUAGGUAAUAAUUUGAGUUGUGAAAUGUGUAUUUUACAGGACUACUGCUUGAAUUGAGCCAGUACUUAGGAGUUAGUUAAUUUAUUGUCUUGAAGUUGUCUGAAAUGUCCAGUAUCAUUCUCAAAAGUUCUGUUAUUAUGCUUUGCACUGGAAUAUAUACACUUUAGCCAAGACCUUUGUAGCCCACCCACACUUGUAAAAAUAUAUUACUCCUAGUGUCAACAUAUUUAACUUUGCCUGAAAAUGUAUUUUUAAUUGUGAAAUUAUUCAUUUGUUUAAUCAAGUUUAGGCAGUAGUGGUGUUAAUAUGUACUGCUUACAUUAUUGCUUGUGCAUUUGCUUAUGUAUUUGAAUCAAAGAAAUUGUAAUCACUGAAGAAUGUUAUAAAACAUUUAAAUGAACUGACACUGAGAAGUUUACAAUUUGCAACUUUAUAUUAGAUUAACUGUAGUUUCCAAAAUAUGUUACUGUUAGUCCUAUCAGUUACAACAGAGAGACUGGAAAACUUUUUUUUAUCUUUUUAUAGAUUACAACAAUUUUCCCUUGAGUGAAUAUUGAUUAAAAAUAUUAUAUUUGUUAACCAGGAAAGGCAAUUAAUAGUUUACCUUUUUUAUUGUAAUUUUGAGACUGUCUCCCAUCAUCUGAAGGUAUUGAACUUGGAAGAGUAAAACGAUUUCUCCUUUCUUCUUCUACAAAUUGGCCUUUAGUUAUUUCCACAGAGAUCUCAACACAUUGAGAAUUUGUCAUAUUAUGCCCAUAUUUUUAUAAAUAUUCAUACUUUUAGGGCUGGCCAGUUAGCUCAGUUGGUUGGAGCGUGAUGCUGAUAACACUAAGGUCCAGGGUUCAAUCUCUGGACCAGCUUCUGGGAAAAAAAAAUGUGAAAGGUAAAGUAUUCCUACUUUGAAUCUUAGUGAGAUUAUAAAGAAGGGUUUUUUUCCCUCCCAUGAAUAUGGAACAAAAAUAUUUUUAAUGAUAUGGAAGUAUAUUUCAUGUCUUUUAUGAUAAAUAUAUGAACAGAUGUGUUGUUCUUAGGAGUGAGGUUCUUUAGAGAAUUUUUGUUUCUAAAUCAUAUACCACUUAUCUGGAGUGGCUGGCUCGGUAUAUCAGUGGAUUAAAUUUGUUUAUUUUUCUUCUAAAGUGGCUUUAUUCACUUUAGGAGUGAAUUAUACAGAAGGACCUAAAGUGUGUUUUUUAAAAAUUCAUUUUUAGAUUAA